UCCAAUCUGGGUUGGCAAAAACUUGGGCUGUGACGUUGCAAAAGAAAGGUCUAUAGAGCAAUGCAUAGGCAAGGGAGCAUAGGAUAGGGUUAGGUUUUGUAUUGGUUGAGGUUUGCUGUUUGCUGUAAAAACUCGGAGGUACCUUCAAGUGAAGAGUUAACAUUGUAUACAACUCAACAAAUGCAAAGAAGAAGGCAACAUAGCAGUGAUACAAAGACAAACAAGUGUACAGCAGCAGCAUCAAGAUGGCUGCUGGUGGUGUUAACAAUCAAUCAAUGAUAAACACAGCAUCUGAAGAUCAAUUUGAAUGCCCGAUAUGCUCUGACCGCUACACAGACCCAAGAGUCCUUGACUGCAUGCACAGUUUCUGCUACAAAUGCCUCUGUGAACUCCAAAAAAGUCAAGUUAAUCCAAAGAUAUCUAAAGUACCAUGUCCCUUGUGCAGACGCCAGACCAGCCUGACUGUAGAGGGUGUGGCUGGUCUACUCGAAGACCUUAAAUUAAGUGCUGCUAUGGAUGAGUUUGCAUUUGAUGAACAGGUUACAAGAGGUCAAAGUUCAAGUAUCAAAUGCCAAGCCUGUAAUGAUGACAAAAAUUGGGCCGUUUCAAGAUGUAUGCAAUGUGAUCAUUUCCUCUGCCCUGAAUGCCAAGCACAACAUACCCGCAUGACUCUUAUGAAAUCCCAUCAAAUCUACACUCUGGCUCAGUUUCAAUCUGGGGAAGUCAUCUACAAGAGUAAAAUCAGGGAGUAUGUUCCAAAGUGCAAGAGGCACACAGACCAGCAUCUCAACAUCUACUGUGAGACAUGUCAGCAGUUAAAAUGCACAACCUGCAGCAUUCUUGGCCAUGGAGGCAAAGAGCAUUCGCUGGUUGACCUACCUGAGGCAGUACACAAGUGCAAAGAAGAGGUGGACACUCUUGUUGGGAAAGUGAAACAGAACAUGACAGAGCUGAAGAGAGUCAUCAAAGAAGCAGAUAAGUCCCAAAACAAAAUGUACUUGUUGCUUGGUCAGACAAACAAGAAAAUUACCAAACGAGCAGAGAAGGAGUUUGCAAAGAUACAAGAAAUGGAGCAAAAAGUCAAAAAAGAGGAGACGAAACUGAAGCAAGAGGCAGACAGAAUCGUCCAGGACAAUGCCAAGGUAUUUGAUGCUGCUCAAAAGACAAAUAAAACGCAGUUGAAAAAUGCGGAGUACAAACUGAAUGAAGUACAUCUCCUCAUGACCCAAGGGAGCCAGCAUGAGAUUCUAUCCCUCAAGCAGAAAAUCCUUCACAACCUCAAUGAACUAGUUACGGACAUAAAGUCUGAGAAUGUGCCCAAUGCAUUGGGCUACUUAGACUUUGAAGAAAAUGAACAGUCACUUGGAAGAGUUGUACACAAAGAACUGGUGCAACAGGACAAGGAUAACGCAUCAACAAGAUCCACAACUUUGUAUCCAAAAUGGAAACUGAAAGAAGUGAUAUUUGGACUGGCAAAUAAAGGAUUCAGCUGUAAAAAGAGUGUUGCAAAAUUCUCUAACAACCACAUUGUUGCAGUGGACACUGCCCACAAUCAGUUGAUAACAUUCAGUCCAAAUUCUGUAGAUACCUUGACAAAACUUAACUUCAAUGGUCUAGCUAAUCCAAUUCAUGUUGUAGUGAACAAAGAUGACCAUCUUAUUGUUAUCGACAAGAAAAGAACAACGUUUGUCAAGACAUUCAGUAAGAAGCAAAAACUCAUGUGGCAGUUCAUACCUGGUAGAGAAAUCAACAAUGACCCAACCUGCCUUGCUGUGGAUGAAAACAAUCUCAUUGCAGUUGGUUACAUGUGCAGAGAGGAGAUCACCCUUCAUAACCCAGAUGGAUCCUUCAUCAGAAAACUCCUUGCACCAGGGAUUACUGAGUAUUUAACAAUGCACAACCAGCGCCUCAUCUACACGAACUCAGAGAAAUCAAGGUUAAUAUCAGUGACGUACAAUGGCAGUGUCGUAUUUACAGUGGAUCUGAUUGAUCUAGCAGAUCAAGAAAAAUUGAAACCAACUGGUGUACUCUGUGCAUGGGAUGGUAGCAUUUACGUUGCUGUAUGUAAACCAUCCAUCAUUCCUGUAUCAAGUGAAAUACAGCAAUUCAGUUCUGAUGGCAAAUACAUUGGUUAUAAUCCUACAGGUUUUCGUAACAUGUAUGGCAUGACUUUCACUUCAAAUGGGGACUUGGUAGUGGCUGCAGAAGACUGUUUUAAGAUCUAUGAACAAGAAAUCUAACUAACAUUCUUGUGGAUUUUAAAGUUUAUUGUACAUCAAGAUGUCAAUCAUAACUCACGUGCAUGAGCAUUUGGGUUGAAAAAAACUACAACGAAUACAGACAUUCCCAAUGGGUACGAAAGAAAUCCACAGGCAAAUCACUUGAGUGGAUUUCAAACCCAUGACCUUUGCACUGCUAGAGCAGAUGUCCAACCAGUAGACCACUGUGCUAGCCCAGUAGCUAGAGAGGCAGUUUGAAUCCUAUGUUUUAGCAGUGAGAGCCACAAGGAUUAAGAUAAUUUUGCAUUGUGGAAAAGGAAUUCAUAAAAUUUGGUGUUACCCUUACAAUGGUGCAUGUAAAUAAAAGCACUGUAAAGUCAGUACUUUCGUAAGAUUUAAACUAACAUUUUUUAUCCCCGAUGCAAAAUUAACAUCCCCUUGAUAAUUCAUUUUGGUUUUACCAAUAUAUACACCGAUGUUUGG